AUGGCUAGCGAGAACGCACAGCCUCCUGUGUCAUACUCUCGUCUACAAGAGCUCACGACUGCGGCAUGCGAACGAGCUCUUGGCUCCGUCACAUCGUACAACCACGCCUCGACCGAAGAGUGGAAUACGACCAUCAUCAACACCAUUCUCGGCACGCUAGUUGAAGAAACGACACCAUCCGCCGGCGAUGGAACACACGCUCAGCCUCCUUUCAAGUAUGUCGUCAACUCCACUAUCAUCCAACACGCUCCUAUCAGCUCGGGAGGGUCCACAGAUCCUUCGGUGACAGGCAGACGGGGCAUGCACGCCGCCAGUGGUGCAUUCUGGAGCAACGAGAAAGAUGGUAUGUGGAGCUAUAAAUAUUCGGCUGCCGAGAACAAGGGCCUCGACGUCGUUGUCGGCAUCAUUUGGAUAUACGUAGGUGAUCAAAGAUGA